AAGAAAAUCGUAUCUGUGACUCUGUUCCCUUAAUCAUGCGUAAAAGUCCAGCUAGUACUCUGCCACUAUCACAUUCUUCUCUCAUCUCAACUAACUCUCAACAAUGGGAGAAGAAAACCUUCCCACCGCUCCAACCCUACCAACAACCACCGUUCCCAAAAAACACACAAAAAAACUAACCCUAAUCCCUCUCAUAUUCCUCAUCUACUUUGAAGUAGCCGGCGGCCCAUACGGCGAAGAACCUGCCGUUCAAGCCGCCGGCCCCCUCUUCGCACUUCUCGGUUUCCUCAUCUUCCCUUUCAUUUGGAGCAUUCCAGAAGCUCUUAUAACAGCUGAAUUAACCACCGUUUAUCCAGGAAACGGUGGUUUUGUUAUCUGGGCCGAAAAAGCUUUCGGCCCAUUUUCAGGCUCUUUAAUGGGUACAUGGAAAUUCCUUAGUGGUGUCAUUAAUAUAGCAGCUUUCCCUGUUCUUUGCAUCGAUUAUGUCAAAAAACUCUUCCCUGUUUUUGAAUCUGGUUGGCCUCGUUACAUAGCAAUUCUCUUUUCAACUCUUUCAUUGUCUUUUCUUAAUUACACUGGUUUAACAAUUGUUGGUUAUGUUGCUGUUGUUCUUGCAAUUGUUUCAUUGUCACCAUUUGUUUUGAUGUCUCUAAUUGCUAUUCCUAAGAUAAAUCCACAUAAAUGGCUUAGUUUAGGUCAAAAGGGUGUUAAAAAAGAUUGGAAUCUUUUUUUCAAUACCCUGUUUUGGAACUUGAAUUUUUGGGAUAAUGUUAGUACUUUAGCUGGUGAAGUUGAAGAACCAAAGAAAACUUUUCCUUUGGCUCUUUUAAUUGCUGUUAUUUUCACUUGUGUUUCUUAUUUGAUUCCACUUUUUGCUGUUACUGGAGCUGUGAAUGUGAAUCAAAGUGAAUGGGAAACUGGGUUUCAUGCUCAAGCUGCUGAGAUUAUUGCUGGAAAAUGGUUGAAAAUUUGGGUUGAAAUUGGUGCUGUUUUAUCAGCAAUUGGGCUUUUUGAAGCCCAAUUAAGUAGUAGUGCUUAUCAAGUUUUGGGUAUGGCUGAAAUUGGAAUUUUGCCCAAGUUUUGUGGAGUGAGGUCAAAAUGGUUUAAUACACCUUGGUUGGGUAUUUUGGUAUCUACUUUGAUAACAAUUGGUGUUUCUUAUAUGGAUUUCACUGAUAUAAUUUCAUCAGCUAAUUUUUUGUAUAGUUUGGGUAUGAUAUUGGAAUUUGCUUCUUUUCUUUGGUUGAGAUGGAAGAAGCCAAUGUUAGUGAGACCUUAUAAGAUUCCAAUGAAUUUGCCUAUGUUGGUGGUGAUGUGUUUGGUACCAUCUGGUUUUCUUGUAUUCAUAAUGGCUAUUGCUACUAAGACUGUUUUUUUGGUGAGUGGUUUGAUGACUAUAGGUGGGAUUGGUUUUUUCUUUUUUAUAAAAUUGUGUAGGAUGAAGAAUUGGGUGAAGUUUGAGAUUAAAGAAGAUGAAGAAGAUGGGAAUGUAGUGGCUGAUUUAUGAUUUGAUCAGAAUUCAAAUCUUUGUUUUAGUUUGAUACUACCUUGCACAUAAAUAAAUUGUUGCCAUUUAUCAGAGAUUGUGUAAGGUUGUAAUUUACAAAGUGUAGAGUUUUUUUAUUUUUGGAUAAUUUGUCACAUUUACAUUGUUUUUGUUCUAAUGUCACGAUCAAAGUCAUUUUUUUUAA